AGCCCUACGUUCUGGGACCUGGCAGCUGGGCCCAUAACAGCAGCAGCCGAGCCUCAUCCGUGCAGCCUGUCGGGGUCUGGGCUUCUUCCCCAUCACGUCCGUCCGGUUGUCCUAGUGACUGCGUGACCCUUCUCCUCCCACCCUGCAGCCUGCCGCUGCCACCCACACCCACCAUAUAAAUAGAGGCGAGGAGCAGCUGGGCUCUCUUGGCAGUCACCAUGAGGGCGCUGCUCCUGUUCUGCUGCUUUGUGGCCUCUCUCCUGCUCUCAGGACAAGCAGAACUGCAAGUCCCUGCUUCGGGUGGUACAGAAGAUGUUGGCAAUUUGUUGGAGAAUCAUUUCUCUGCUGGAGACGCAAGUCUAGAGGAGAAAGAAAGGGCUCUGUAUGCAGACGCGGCCCCAGGAGAUGAGACCCUGUUCCUUCACUACCCAGACAGCAGGGCGGCCAAGAGUGCGGAGUGGACCACCGCCGCCGGGGCCCCUCCAGCUGCCACCGGCCCGGGCUCCGAGUCCGAAGCCAGCCUCCCCAAUGCCUCAACCACUGAGUCAGCUCCAUCUGGGGAUGCCGCGGGGCCUGGGGAAGAGCAGGGCCCGGCAGCAGCGAGUGCCCUUCCUGCAGGAAGGGAUAAGGGGUCCUUGCAAGAGGAGAGGCCAGAGCUCAGUUCGGGAGAGGGACCAGGAGAGGCAGUGACUGGGCAGGAGCCCUGCUUGGAGGGAGCUGCCAGUGGGGAAAUAAAAAGCCAGGCUGGGAGUGGCAAGGUCCCUGAGGAAGCUGAAGGGAUCCUAGGGGACAACCCCGAGCAAGGAGCAGCUGCAGAGACGGCAGAGUCUGAAGCUACCACGGCCUCCCCUGCCUCAGAGGACCAGGAGAGCCACACACUGGAGAUAGAAGACAAAGACCAUGCCAGGUUAGACGGAGCCCCCCAUGCUGUGGAAGAAGGUCUGGAGGCUGAUGUGGACACAGAAGCCAGGCAGGAGGCUGAGGACUGGCAGCAGGUCCACACCUUGGAUACAGAAGGUGAUGGCAUCCCUGGGCAUGGCCAGGGGCCCACAGAAACAGAUGGAGCUGCCAGUGUUGUGUCUGUGGAAGAAAUUUCAGAGGCUGACGUGGAUGCAGAAGCCAGGCAGGGGGCUGAGGACCAUGAAAACCGCCAUCCCAGCCAGGAGACUGGCUCAGCUGCAGAGGCCAGCACUAAGUCUGUGGGCACCCGGAGCUCCGAGGCAAGGAGCAUGGAGGGGGACCAUCCUGCUGAGGGCCAGGCACCAAUGAUGCCCAAGGAGGAGGAGGAGGCCUCCUCUGAAGAAGAGGGUGAUGAGGAAGAUGAAAGUGAGGAAGAUUCUGGAGAAGACAGCGGUGAUGGAGCCAGCUCAGAAGAAGCAGGGGCUGCCUCUGAGGAGGCUGGGGAGCCCUUGGAAGCAGGAGGAACUGCAAGCCUUGCGGGGGGAGAGGCUCAGCCUGGCACAGAGGACUUGAAUUCCAGGCCUGCAGGCAGCAAGGACACUGAGGCAAAGGAACCUGGAGAGGGACAUGAGGGCUCGGGGAGUUCCCUGACUAUCCCCCAGGAAGAGACAGAAGAUGUGAGUGAGGAAGCCCCAAUGAGGGAUCGAUCGCACAUCGAGAAGACCCUGAUGCUGAAUGAGGACAAGCCGGCUGAUGACUACUCAGCGGUACUGCAGCGGCUCCGAAAAAUCUACCAUUCAUCUAUCAAGCCCCUGGAGCAGUCUUACAAAUACAAUGAGCUGCGUCAGCAUGAGAUCACAGAUGGGGAAAUUACUUCCAAGCCUAUGGUGCUAUUCCUGGGACCGUGGAGUGUUGGUAAAUCCACCAUGAUAAACUACCUCCUUGGGUUGGAAGACACACGCUACCAGCUCUAUACAGGUGCCGAGCCCACCACCUCAGAGUUCACGGUCCUCAUGCACGGGCCCAAGCUGAAGACCAUAGAGGGCAUCGUCAUGGCUGCAGAUAGUGCCCGCUCCUUCUCACCCCUGGAGAAGUUUGGCCAGAAUUUCCUGGAGAAGCUCAUCGGCAUUGAGGUUCCCCACAAACUUCUGGAGCGGGUCACUUUUGUGGACACACCAGGCAUCAUUGAGAACCGCAAGCAGCAAGAAAGAGGUUAUCCCUUCAACGACGUGUGCCAGUGGUUCAUCGACAGAGCCGACCUUAUCUUUGUUGUCUUUGACCCCACCAAACUGGAUGUGGGCCUGGAGCUGGAGACCCUCUUCCGCCAGCUGAAGGGGCGUGAAUCCCAGAUAAGGAUCAUCCUGAACAAGGCUGACAACCUCGCCACGCAGAUGCUUAUGCGGGUUUAUGGAGCCCUCUUCUGGAGCUUGGCCCCCCUCAUCAACGUCACGGAGCCCCCGAGGGUUUAUGUCAGCUCCUUCUGGCCACAGGACUAUAAGCCUGAUACUCAUCGUGAAUUGUUUCUCAAAGAAGAGAUCUCCCUCCUGGAAGACCUGAACCAGGUGAUCGAGAACAGGUUGGAGAACAAGAUUGCCUUCAUCCGCCAGCAUGCCAUCCGGGUGCGUAUUCAUGCCCUCCUGGUCGACCGCUACCUGCAGACUUACAAGGACAAAAUGACCUUCUUCAGCGAUGGAGAACUAGUCUUUAAGGACAUUGUGGAAGAUCCUGAUAAAUUCUACAUCUUCAAGACUAUCCUGGCAAAGACCAAUGUCAGCAAAUUUGACCUUCCCAAUCGCGAGGCCUAUAAGGACUUCUUUGGUAUCAAUCCCAUUUCUAGCUUCAAACUCCUCUCCCAGCAGUGCUCCUACAUGGGAGGUUGCUUUCUGGAGAAGAUUGAGCGGGCCAUCACCCAGGAGCUGCCCAGCCUCCUGGGGAGCCUGGGGCUUGGGAAGAAUCCAGGUGCUCUCAACUGUGACAAAACAGGGUGUGGCGAAACCCCCAAGAACCGCUACAAGAAGCACUAGGCUGUGGUGUAGCUGUUCUCAGUUCCUGUUGGUGAAUGAGCUUGUGUCCUGUCUGAGAAGUCCUUUUUUUUUUUAACCCUUUGAGCCACACUGUGAGAGUCAUUGUGCAUUGGAGGUGUGGGAGUUCCUUGAGGCCAGUGAUGGGGUUUUGGGGGAGUCUGGGGGGAGGUUUGGGGAGGAGAGUGGAAACUGUGAAUAAUAGUGUGCUUGUCUUGUUGCUCCCCUUGCUUGUCCUGGGUCCUAUCUUGGAGGGACAGAGAGCAGCUAAAUUCUAGUGGACAUUUCUAAGUCACUGAGGGUCAAAUAAGCUAAAUGCAGCUGAAAUUCCUUUCCCUGUAACUGGGCAGAUAGUAAAGACCUGAUUGAUAGCCGAUUCUCAGGUCUUUGUUGGCUUCCUUCCACACACCCAGCCUUCUGUUUGUUCCCAGCCCUCAGCUCCCUCCUGAGCACUGACUUUCAACAGUGGUCAGUCUUGAGGGUCUGAAUCCAGCUGGGUUUUGAGUCUGUCCCCCAGGUCCUGUUCCUAGUUCCCCAAGGAGAGUUACUUGUGGCACCAAAGUGCCAAAUGAGGACAAAGGUUCCAGGUUAGGGUAAGGAUCUGCCUCCCCCAGGGCUUUCUCUGACUUCAUUGUCUAAGCCCAUUGGAGGAGUCCACUUCCUUUUGGCCCCAGCUAGAGGGCAAAUGGUCAGUGGAUUCAGGUAACCUUUUUCUCAGAGGUUACUGGAUCGAGGGUAGCAGAAGGGCUCAGAGGGUUAAGUGGUUUGCAGUGUGUCUUUGUCUAAUGCAUGUCCUGGAAAUCUCAGAUCUCAAGGCACUGGGUUUCAGAGCAGACAGCGGAGACCCUGCUGCUGGGCCCAGGGGAUGUGUCUGGGCAGCCCGCAUCUCCUGACCAGAAGAGGCCAUCUCUACAACUCCUCUGUGGGAAUGUCCGACAGAGGCAGAGGCGUUGUUCCUUCCCAGUUUCCAUGGUAACAUGGCUUUUCCCUUCCUUCUCCAUUCCCUGAUGCACCAAAACUUAAAACUCAGAGGAAUUUCCUAGGAGAGGCAGAACCAGCACCAGCCACAUGGAGCUGGGGACAGCCAGGGAUCCCUGUCUGCUUGGUGCACAUGCCCACAAACACCACAGCAAGCCAGGCCCUUCAGACACGCACUGCGCAUGCCUGUGUAUGCAUCAUCUGAGCCUGAGGACCCCAGGUGAAUCUUCUGAGUGGGCAGGGGAUGGGACUGGGAGAAGCAGCAGCCUCUUGGUGGAAGGUGCAUGGGGGUGGAGUCUAGGAGAUGAUCCACAGCUGCCUGGAGGGGCUGCUUUUGGCAAUGGCCAGCUGCUCCCCUUGGGAGCAAGCUGUCCUGGGCCCUUCACCAUGAGGAACUUGGCAGGACCCACCAGCACCAGGAGGUCAUUCUGGACCAGAGGGAAAGUUAGAGGGAAGGCACUGCGAGAGGCAAAAAGAGCAAAUUGGAUUGGGCAGCAUGAGUUAAGGCAGUCGGAUGAGGGCCACCCAGAGCCGCGACUUAGGUAUUCCUGUCCUCAGAAUCAUGGAUGGUCUGGUGCAUGCUGCAAGAGAGGCUGCCACUUCUGGCUUUGUGGGCACCCUGGAACCCCCUGGGAAACCAGAGGCUCCUAGUCUCCAGGAUGCUGUUUCCUAGGAGCAAGUCAACCAGGGAAGAGAAAAAGAAAAAAAGAGCGAGUUCCAAACGGAGCAACCAAGGAGCCUGACAACCGGGGGAGCUGGAAUCUGUCUUGGACUUUUCUUCUCAUUAAAAAACAAACAAAAAAAGCUUUUGUCUCUUUCUCCCUCAUUUGCCCCCUUAGGAGUCUGCCCCUCCCACCUUCUCCACACCAGGCAAGUUUUGUUUUUCUCUGUGCAGCCAGGGAAAUAAAAAUGUGGAACUGCAGGG